AUGUUGUCAACAUCAAAUGAUACUGAUAUACAACAAUAUGAAUAUCAUUUAAAUCUAUUAAAAUUUCUUAAUAAUGUCAAUCAUUCAUUAGCAAUCUAUAUGGAUCGAUUGAGUCAAUGUCAUCAAUAUAAUGCUAGUUAUACAGAUUUGAUAAUAUUUCAUAAACAAUUACUUCCAUUACUAACGAAUACAACUUUCGAUUAUUCAACGAUAACAAAUAUCCCUUUGGUUGAAAUAGCCAUACCGCCAAUAAUCGAAUGUAAAUCCGGAUGGAAGUACACCACCAACACCGAUGGACGACAAUCAUCAAAUGUGAAUCAUUCGAUUGUCACCAAGUGGAAUCUUGUAUGUCGAAAUGAAUGGCUACAAUAUCUAAUCAUCACUGUCUUUCUAAUCGGUUUGCUCAUUGGUUUUUUAUUACAUUAUUUCCUAUGCCAUAAUAUCGGUUAUAGACGAUCAUAUUUUCUUAUGCUCAUUUUACAAUGUAUUUCCGGCACACUUGCAUCAAUGGCACAAGAAUUCAAACAUUUUGCCUUAUGUCGUUUUUUAUUGGGAUUAUCAUUGCCAACCAUUUCGUUGAUUUCGACCGAUAUAAUGAUUGAAAUAGCCGGCAUUCGUUCAAUGUCGAAAAUCAUUUUUCUCAACGAACUGAUUCGUUUGUUGGGUGUAUUACCAUUGGCAUUGAUUGCCUAUUGGAUACGUGAUUAUCAAUCAAUUUUAUUUGCUAUAUCAGCACCAUUUACCCUAUUUCUAUUUUGGUGGUGGUUUUUUCCCGAAUCGGUAAGCUAUCAACUGGUACAUGGACAUGUACAGAAACUUGAACGACAAAUAUUGGACAUUGCUCAUACGAAUCUUCAAUACGUCGAUCCAGAAUUUGAUGAUUCAUUGAAGCGGCGAAUACAUAUCGAAUUGGCCAUCUAUCGUGAAUUUAUGAUAUCAUCAUUGUUAGCCGAUUGUCAACUAGAUGAACCAUUAAAAUUAUCAAUAAACAAUCAUUAUAAUCAACAACAAAUGCUUGAACCUAAUCAAAUGUUUAUGACAAAAUCAUCAAAAUCAUUCGAUGAGAAUUGUGGAAAAAAUCUGUCAUCGAAUUUAUUAAAUAUUAAAACCGAUACGACAUUACGUUCAAUUCUUCAGCUACCGAAUAUGCGAAGAAAAUUUCUAGUCAUAUUGUUUUUAUCAUGGAUUAAUUUUACAUUGAAUAUUGCAUAUAAUUUUUUUCUAAUCGAUUUUAUCCGAAAAAAUCCAUCGAUAUCAUCAUCAUUAAGAAAAUCUUUUAAUACAAACAAUGGUGAUUAUCGUCUAUAUUAUUUAUUCACCUUCGGUAUUAUAAUCAGUAUAUUGGCUAGUAUGGCCACCUAUAUAUGUGUAUUAGAUAGAUUCGGACGUAAAUUUACAUUUCUAAUCUGUUCAUUAUUGGCUACAUUAUCAACUUUGAUCACCGGUUUUUCAAUGUCUUCCAUUAAUCUACGAAAUUAUUCUUAUACAUCAAUUCUAUUCGAUUGGAAUGAACAUUACGAAUAUUCAUUGAUCAGUUUUGGCCUUAUGAAACUUUUCCAUUCAAGUGCCUUCAUUGUUCUUGUUAUAUGGUCAUAUGAGCUUCUUGCACCAAAUGAUCAAUGUCGACCCGCAUAUCGUACCUGUUGGGCAUUUGGUCAUUUAUUUCUUAUUUUACUGCCUGUUAUAAUGUAUUAUACAUCCAAAUAUCCCCGAAUAUCACUAUACAUAUCAACAACAAAAUUGGCACAGAUUUUUCAGCUCAAAUUCAACUCAACAUUAGCUAUCACGGAAUUGGAUGAAUCGAAAACAACAUUAAUCAUUCAAUAUCCAUGGCAUUAUUUGCUCAGUACAUUAUUAUUGUUCAUAUCCAGUAUAAUGAGCUUAAUACUACCGGAAACAAAUGGUGAUGGCCUAUUGCCAAGUUCAUUGUUGGAAGCGGAAAUGUUCUGCUGUACAUUCAUUGGUUCACCAUUGAAUAACAAUGUACCAGUUAGACUAAAUUCAAUAAUAAAAUGCCAACAACGACAACAAUUACCAUGGUAUUCAUGGCAUGUAUUAUUCAAUUUUCAAGCACCAAACAUCCGUCCAAUGGGUAUAUUGAAAAAACGACAACUUAUUACCACUACAACAUCAACAUCAAAAUUCGAAAAUGUUCGUUCACCGAAAUCAUUGAACCAACAAACGACAAACAGGAAAAGAAUAUUCCACAAGAAUAAUUCAUCACCAUCAUCCUCUUCUUCUUCUUCCUCCUCUUCACCAUCAUCAUCAUCGCCAAAAUUGACAACAUUAGAUGCAAACAAUUUAACAUUUAUCGCCAAUCAUAAUCAUCCAAUCGUUACGAUUCAUAAUGAAUUCAAUAAUAAUAAUUUAGAAGAACAAGUUGAAUUAUUGAAUCAUAAUGAUCCCGAUAAAUCUUGGAAAAUGACUACAGCGACGGCAACAACAACUUCUACAGCGACAAUAGCGAGGACUGAGACACGGCCAAUUGAAUGUUUGAACCGAGCAACAUCACCAACAAAAACAGCUAUCGUAAUAGUACAUAAUAGUUUCAAUGAUAACAAUCAUCAUCAUCAUCAUAAUCAUAAUGACAAUCAUCAACAACAAAAUGAUGAUGACAAUAUACAGAUUUCAACCGCCAUACAAUCGAGUGAUAACAAUAUGAAUGAAAUGGCAUCCAGUAUGACAAACGAGCAUGAAAGAAUAGAAUCAAAUGAAUUGUCAUGUCGUAUAUAUAGGAAAACAAACACUUUACAUUCGAAUCAUUAUCAACAACAUUCCCAUAUGAUGAUGACAGCGAUGGAGUCGGAUAAUUCUCGUUGCUUUAGCGACAAUCAUAAUAAUAACGAUGAUUUGGUCGACAUUGGUAUUCGGCCGAUAAUAAAUCAUUUGAAUAAUAAUGAUAUUAUUGUUGAUACCAACCAUAACAACGAUACUAACAACAACGCUGACAACGAUGAUGAUGACGAUGGUGAUGGCCAUUAUCCUAAUUCGUAUCAGAAUCCAAUACAAAAAAUAAGCAUCUCGGUCAUGGAUGGCAAAAAUUGUUGUUGUUCCAAUUCGCUGUUACAGAAUCAUCAUCACCAUCAUAAACGAUCGAUCAGUGAAUGUGAAUUAUCGCCACAUAAUACAUCUCAAUCUCCUUCCUAUCAUACUGAUGAUGAUAAUCAUCAGACCUUAUUAUUUAAUGAUGGUCACAAUCAUCAUCAUCAUUCGUUACCACGACCACGUUCCAAUAACAAUGGUCAAAAUCGAGAUUUAAAUCUAGCUAUAAAUGAUUCGAAUAUGCAAACAUUAUUUACGAAUAGCUCAAAAGUGAAUAUAUUUGAUCCGAUUGAUGAACGGAUGUUGGAAACUUAUUUCAAUAACCAUUCAUGGAAUAACGAAUAAAAUUUUUUUCUGUUU